AGUCGUACUUCAAAAAUACCUUCUUUCAAGCCAGGUAUUUAUGCAAGUCUUCACGUCCUGUAAAGUCCGUGACUGUUCACCUGUCAGAAACUAAAGAGUGAUCAGAUGUGGAAGAUGUGGCUACCUUUCUAAUUUCUCUCUUCAUGUCAUCAUCGGUGUGAUCUUGGCUGCAAACCUGAUCAUCUGAGAUUUUUAUCGAUUAGUCCUGGGACUAGGGGCGCAGUCACUGCAGCCAUGCCGGGGGACCCAAGAGGGGCUGGAGAGAGGAUGGUACCAGCCGUCCGCUUCAAACAAAAGGCCCCAGGACAGAAGACCAGGCUCCGGGCCUCUCACCCACAACCCUCUGCUGCCCAGCCCAUCUCCCAGGAGCAAAUAGACAGGCUGAAGGAGGUGAUUGUGCAGCUGGAGGGCGAGCGGGAAAAGAUUCUACGUGAGCGUGACAUGUGUACGCGUGCAUGCCAGGAUGUCGUGGGCGAGUCGGAGUCCACCCACACGGGCCUGAGAUGGAAACUCAACCAGCUGGAGGGAGAAAAGCUGGACCUGGUCUCCCAACACAACCAGGAGGUGUCCCAGCUGCAUGCCCAGGUGGCCAGGCUGAGGGCACAGGUGGAGCGCGGGGAGGCCACGCGUCAGACCCUGGAGUACGACAUUGCCGUAGCAACCCGGGACGCGGCCUUCGCCCAGGACAAAGCAGAAGCCCGUGUGGCCGAAAUGCAGAAAGAAAACCACGAACUGAAAGAUAUGAACACUGAGCUGUGCCAGACAGCAGAGGACCUGCAGCGUGCGCUGGAGAUUAGCAGGCAGGCUAGAGAGGAGGACCUACAGGGCCUCACCGCGGAGCUCGCCGAGAGGGACCAGCUCCUCGUCACCGCACACACAGACAACGACCAGCUCACCACAGAGAAAACCCGACUGCUGGCAGUACUACAGGAACAGGAGGGCACCUUGCAUAAGCUGAAGGAGCGUCUGGAGGGGGAGCAGAGGGAGAGGGAGAAGGACAGACGGUCCGCCGACAAGGAAAGGAGGUGCCGCAAAGAGCUGGAGAUGAAGCUAAAGACGGUUGAGACGGCAUUGAAGGCGGAGCAGAGUGUGCAACAGGAAAUGACAUCAGGACUGGCGGCCCUCAGGGAGAGGCUAAAGGAGGCCGAGAGCUCGCAGACACGCUAUAAGAAAAGGGCCAACGAUGUGCAGGCCAAACUAGAACAGGUGGAAAAAGAGCAUGCCGGUGCUAAGGCGGAGUUGAACAGCCUGGUGCAGGAGGAGAGAGAGACCUGCCGCAAGCUCAGAGGAACCAUCCAGGAACUGCACAUCGCACACACACACAGCCAGGAGCAACUCACCACGGCGUUUGAGAGGCGGCAGGUUCAGGAAGAGGAGCAUGAGAUGGUCAUGAAGCAGCUCAGCCACCUGCUGCAAGAGCAUGGCCAGCAGGGGGAGACAAACACAAGCAACGCAGGAGAGGAGAGUAAACCCAGUUUCUCUGCUAUGCUGGAUGGUGUGAGGAGAGUACUAGAUAACUACCAGAAAAGCCUUACUGCUGCACAGUCACAGGUGCAGAGCGUAGAGGAGAAGUAUCUUCUGCUGUGUCAGGAUGUCUCCCAGAAGGAGGAAGUCAGCAGCUCCUUACAGAAGACCUCUCAGGAGCAUGCAGAGCGUGUGUGUGUGUUGACUGAGGAGUUGAAGCGUCUGCGCUGUAACUAUGAGGGGGCCCAGAGUCUGGCGGCCAAGGCCCAGUCCCGCCUAGAGGAGCUCACACAGCACUGUCAAGAGGCGCACACACACCUCCACACACUCCGAGACCAGCAGCACAGAGACCAGCAGGAGAGGUUGGAGUUUCUCCACUCCCUGUACCAGCGGCUGGUGGCGGGCUGCGUCCUCAUGAAGUCACCGCAAGGCAUGAUGGGAAGCUUCUCCUGGCCCGAGCUGUGCGCCGCGCUACAGGACCAAGCCGACCUCCUCCUCACUGAUCUACACUCCACCAAGGAACAGGUGCAGCAUCUUGAGGAGGAGGUAGAGAGGCGUGCACGUUCUCUGCGUGAGAUGCACGAGGCCCAUAGCGACGCGAUUGAGGCCCUCACCUCACAGCUCAGGCUCCGAGAACAGGACUGGCUCACACAGAAAGAAGAGAUGUUGAAACAACACACAGCACUCACAGACCAGCUACACCAGAGGACACAGGAGCUGCGUAGCAAGGCGGACGCCUCUAAGGAACGUCUGAGCGCGACGGAGCACGAGAAGGCCCGUCUGAGCACCCGAGCGUCCGACCUGCGAGAGCGCCUCAAGGCCGCCGAGCGCCUUUCGUCAUCACUGCUCCACAGCGCCGCCCUGCUGGCCGGCUGCCUCUGGCCACUACUGAGACGCACUAGAGACCUGGCACGACAGAAGAGGGCACUGCAGGGUCUCCUGGACGGCCGCGGCACGCUGGAGCGAGAGGUGCAGGCCAUCCUCCUGGCUCUGGGAAACGGCGACCCGGAAGAUGGCGACACCGCUGGGACACACACACUCCACAAGCCAACAACAACAGCAAUGGGCACACGCAUUCCAACUCACACACUUGCCUGGCGUCGCAAGGGCAUGUGGGGAUUCCGGCGUGCCGUGAUUGGGGUGCUGGCAGCUGGGCGUUUCAGGGUGCUGGCGAGGGUGGGCGCGCGAGUCUGCUUCACGGCUGAGAAUCCGUACGGGGAAGGGACGGUGUGUGUGAGCGUCUGCGCGCCGUCGGAGCGAAGGAUUAGGAGGAAUGGAGAGGAGGAAGAGAAGGAUGAAGAGGUGGAGUGGACGCAGGGCACCAAGCUGAAGAGCCUCAUUCUGACCUGCAGUGAGGAUGGCACAGAUGUGGCCAUCAGGUUUUCACGGCUGCUGGAGAGGCUUGUGUGUGAGAGUGACCGUUGCCACGGCUACCACAGCGAGAGGGGCUCACUGGUACGCCUGCUGGCCCAGGGACUCUACCGACUGCGCAAGACGCAGCCCCCACCGCCUCAACACUACAACAGCAAGAGCGUGGUGUCGUCUCUGCAGCAGCACAUCUUGGCCUUCACGCAGCGUCUGCACGCGGCCGAGGUGGAACGCCGCAACCUGCGCCUGGAGCUAGCCCAGCUCAAACGCCAAGCGCACGCCCUCCCGCCACAACCACCGCAGGACCCCAAGCACACGGCGUGUGUGCCGGCUGCGCGCGUGCAGGAGAUGCUGCUGGAGCUGAGUGCAGCGCUGCAGAGGGAGCAGCAGGCCCAGGAGCUGCUCCACCAGCAGGCCACACAGCUGCAGGAGCUGGGCCUCAGCAUGGAGCUGCACGCCGGGGAACAGCAGGAGAAGGACCGCACUCUGGCCACCGCUGUCAAGAGUCUGUCGGAGUGCAAGGCAGAGUUGCGGCGUAAGGACCAAUCGCUGCGUCAGCUUGGCAAACACCUCAGCCAAUCACAGCAGGAGAGACAGGAGCUGCAGCAGAGCAUACACACCGCCGAGAACGCCCUGCGCAUGGCCGCCAAAUCAAAGGAUUCGCUGGCCAGUUACAUGAAGGCUGUGGAGAGCAGUCUCAACGAGGUGAGGGAGCGUAUCAUGCUCCCCAGUCCGUGUCUCUCCUCAGGUGACAUUGUGUGGCACGUACCCAGCAUGCACCUGGAGAUGGCCGCCUCCGAGAUGCUGAUGGGGGGCCCAGAGGUGGCCACUUGCCAGAGCUUUGUGAGCUGCUUUGCGGAGGUCUUCCAGCUGCUGUGUGGUAAGCUGGCGUGUGUGGAGAGGGAGAUGGAGUCACGCCGAUCACACAUCCACGCCCUGAAGGAGGAACUGCACAGGGCCUGCCUUAGAGAGACCAGCCCUGUGAAACAGAUGGAAGAGGAGUACGCACCUCUUCCUAUGAAGGACGACCCUGUCCUGGCCUCUGGUCCUCUCAAGAAGACUAACGCACCAGCCAAGAGGACAUGCAAAAAACACUGACACACACAGACACGCACAGACACAUCUGUACCUGUGAAGGAUGACCCCGUCUGCUACUCUGUCGCCCAGAAGAAGACCACAGCACCAGCCUAGAGGACAUGCAAAAAACACUGACACACACACACACACACACACACACACACACACACACACACAUACACACACACUGAGACUGCUCUCCACACCUCUACCAGACAAGCAAAGAGUGGGUUUAUGGACACAGAGCUGGCCAAAAAAGGAUAUAUUGUGCUGAAUCGGGCAUAGAUUCAGAUAGAUGUUUAGGAUAUGUGUGUGUGAUUUUAUACACUUUUUGUAUUCGUUUUAUACACAACCAUUUUAUAUAUGUCGAUCAAUGAUCUGCAUUAAAAAAAAGCUGUGACACAG